UUCCCCUCCUUUCCCGUUCGUUCGUUAGCUGUCACGCCAGUUGGCCCGGGUAGAUCCCCAAAAAGCGGAGCAGGAGAGUGGAGGGAAAGUCGAAUCACAGCUAUCGCCAUCCCAUGCUGGCCCUCCCUGCCCGGUGGUUGCUUUUCUUUGAUGGUGUCUCGCCCCUGGCUUGCAUCGCUCUUGCUCCCUGAUUUGUCUUGGGCUCCUCAUCCCUCCCAUCCCAAUCUCCGCGGUCAGGGUGCCAGAGUAGUCCACAUCCCGUCGGCCAUUGAAGCACAUGAAAGUCACGCCAUGAAGCCGUCUACAUUUUGGGCCCCGAGGAUCGGCGACAUACAUCCAGCACGGUGCAAGCCCUGGCGUCACUCCUGCAUGGCCAGUGAUGUGCCCAACUGUCACCGUCGCGCGUUCAUUGACGGGACCGGCCAGGAAGGUUCUGGGCGUGGCACCCGACUAGAAAGUAGAUAGUAGUAGAUAACCCUGCUUCCUGUAUGUCAGAAAUAUGGGGGCCGCCACUAGCUCCUCAUCUCCGGAUGGCUUCUGGGGGGAUACAGUCACUAGACCGGGCCUCCCUGUCCGUGGCGUGGUGUCGCGUAAGUACCCGGUACAUGUCGGAGGUCUCGGUAGAUUACCAGGUAAUCCGUAUCGAUCCCUCUGCCCCAUGAUUUCCGAUUCCCACCCCAAGGUACUCGACCAGCAUCACCCUCACGUUUCAUCCAGCAUAAUCGGAUGAUAACGGGACCCAUUCCCCAGGCUCGGCUUGGGCUUCCUUCACCAGGACAGGAUCGGUUAGGACGAAUCCCGGUUGGGGCGGGGGGACGGGCUGUGAAAUCCGCUUCCACGUACCCAGCCUGCCCCUGUGUGCUGACGACCAAGUCAUUGCUGAUGGGAGGCCUCAGGUCCAGAUGACUCGCGUGCAAUAUCGGUGGUUAU